AUGGCGUUAUGUAACUUCAAUACAACUCGUUUGGGAUUUCCUUUGCAAGGAUUAUCAAAAUCCCAGAGGAAAUUUGCAUUCUUUUCAGUGAUUGAAUUUCCGAUUUCUGGAAGCUACUGUACAUUGAAGACGGAAAGGUUUGGUUUUUGCAUCAGGGCAAAGUUCUUAGAGAAGCAAGACAAGAAAUUGGAAAGAGGUUAUGGAACAACUGUGAAGAGAGAAGAUGUAAAGAAGGUAGGGAAGAAAGAGCAUCAUUUGUGGAAGAAGAAUGAUUCUGCUGGAUCCGGUCAGAAAGCGCUUAAUCUUGUCCGAAUGCUCUCUGGACUUCCAAAUGAAAAAGAAGUUGUUUAUGGAGCUUUGAACAAAUGGGUAGCUUGGGAAGUUGAAUUUCCGAUUAUUGCUGCAGCGAAAGCGUUGCAAAUCUUAAGGAAGAGAAGCCAGUGGCAUCGCGUGAUUCAAGUGGCUAAGUGGAUGUUAAGUAAAGGGCAAGGCGCUACAAUGGGAACAUACGAUACUCUCUUAUUAGCAUUUGAUAUGGAUGAAAGACCUGACGAGGCAGAAUCGUUAUGGAAUAUGAUUCUUCAUACGCAUACACGAUCUAUUCCAAGACGUUUGUUUGCUAGGAUGAUAGCUUUGUAUGCCCACCAUGACCUUCAUGAUAAGGUUAUCGAGGUGUUUGCAGACAUGGAGGAGUUGAAGGUGAGGCCAGACGAAGAUACAGCGAGGAGAGUGGCACGUGCUUUCAGGGUACUCGGUCAAGAAGAAAAACAGAAAUUGAUUCUUAGAAGGUACCUCUCUGAAUACAAAUACAUCUACUUCAAUGGUGAAAGGGUUAGAGUCAAAAGAUAUUCAUCUGAAGAAGAUUGA